AGCGGAGGCCUGCGCCUCGGAGGCGCCGUGGGUCCCCCGCCGGCCGCUGGGACCCGGACCUGCAUCCGGUCGCCGCGGGCGUCGGCGGAGCCGCUCACCCUCCGCGCCUCGCCUGGAGACGCGGCCCCCGCGCUCGCUGGAUUGUUCGAGUCACGUUCAGUUGAUAGGAUGAAAAAAUUUAAGAGAAGGCUAUCCCUCACUCUUCGAGGAAGCCAGACUAUUGAUGAAUCAUUGUCUGAAUUGGCGGAACAAAUGACCAUUGAAGAAAACAGCAGCAAGGAUAAUGAGCCUAUUGUGAAGAAUGGCAGGCCUCCAACCUCUCACAGUAUGCAUUCCUUCCUUCACCAGUACACAGGGUCCUUCAAGAAGCCCCCAUUGCGGAGACCACAUAGUGUUAUUGGAGGAAGCCUUGGAUCCUUCAUGGCAAUGCCCAGAAAUGGAAGCAGAUUAGAUAUUGUUCAUGAAAAUCUAAAAAUGGGAUCAGAUGGUGAGAGUGACCAAGCUUCUGGGACAUCAUCUGAUGAAGUACAGUCACCUACAGGCGUUUGUCUUAGAAAUCGUAUACAUAGACGAAUCUCAAUGGAGGACUUAAAUAAGCGAUUAUCACUGCCUGCAGAUAUCAGAAUACCUGAUGGAUAUCUUGAAAAAUUGCAGAUAAACAGUCCACCGUUUGAUCAACCAAUGAGCCGAAGGUCUCGUAGAGCUUCUUUAUCAGAAAUUGGGUUUGGAAAAAUGGAAACUUAUAUCAAGUUGGAAAAGCUUGGAGAGGGUACAUAUGCAACAGUAUAUAAAGGAAGAAGUAAAUUGACAGAGAAUUUGGUGGCAUUGAAAGAGAUCCGGUUGGAACAUGAGGAAGGUGCACCCUGCACAGCUAUAAGAGAAGUUUCACUAUUAAAGGAUUUAAAACAUGCAAAUAUAGUAACCUUACAUGACAUUGUUCAUACAGAUAAGUCUUUGACUCUGGUGUUUGAGUAUCUGGAUAAAGACCUAAAACAGUACAUGGAUGACUGUGGAAACAUCAUGAGCAUGCACAAUGUAAAGCUGUUUUUAUACCAAAUUCUACGUGGUUUGGCAUAUUGCCACAGAAGAAAGGUAUUGCACCGAGACUUGAAACCACAGAACCUACUCAUUAAUGAAAAAGGAGAAUUAAAGCUAGCAGAUUUUGGGCUAGCCAGAGCCAAGUCGGUUCCUACAAAGACCUACUCCAAUGAAGUUGUCACACUGUGGUACCGGCCACCUGAUGUGCUUCUUGGUUCCUCAGAGUACUCAACACAGAUUGACAUGUGGGGUGUUGGUUGCAUUUUCUUUGAAAUGGCUUCUGGAAGACCUCUGUUUCCAGGAUCAACUGUGGAAGAUGAACUGCACUUAAUUUUCCGACUGCUAGGGACACCAUCUCAGGAAACUUGGCCAGGUGUUUCUUCAAAUGAUGAGUUCAAGAACUACAACUUUCCAAAAUACAAACCACAGCCUCUCAUUAACCAUGCACCCAGGUUAGACUCUGAGGGAAUAGAGUUAAUAACAAAGUUUCUUCAGUACGAAUCUAAGAAAAGGGUUUCAGCAGAAGAGGCCAUGAAACAUGUAUAUUUUCGAAGUCUGGGACCAAGAAUACAUACUUUACCUGAAAGUGUAUCAAUAUUCAGUUUGAAAGAGAUUCAGUUGCAAAAGGACCCGGGUUUUCGAAAUUCUUCUUAUCCAGAGACAGCUCAGUAAUUCUUCAGAGAGAAAUCUGACUCAGUCAAGUCAGGGAUCCUGAAAGCUGCAGAUGGCACAAAGACCUUUUACAAGUGGCCUGGCUUGAUCACUGCACACGCCAUCCCUGGUACCUGAGGCAGAAGACACAUCUUGUGCUUCCCUAGUCAUCAGGUUCAUCACUUCGAAGCAUAGAAGCUAUAGACUGACCCCAUCAACAAAAGGGUCAUUUCAGACAGUGCUGAUCACUCUUAUCGUGGAACAUUAGUUUUUGCUGGUGGGACCAUUAGCUUCCUAGAGUCACCAAAUACUGUAUGUGGGAUAAAACUGAACUUUGAACUGCCUCAUAAAAUGACUUUAUAUUUUAGGACAUGGGAAGAACAGAAGACAGAGCAUGCUCUUUUAAGUCUGAUAAAAUGGUUUCAAGCCCAGCCCCCAGCCUUUCUUAUCAAUCAAGGACUCAGAUCUGAAGGCAAAUUAUUUCUUUUGGUGGACUUGGAAUCUCCGUUUGUCUGCACUGUCCUCUUCACAGUGGAGUCUUUUUAUUUCAGACCUACAGAUUGUUUUUAUAUUUGUUGUCACAGUGUGACAAUUUUUUUGUACAGUUGGUUUUAAGGUCUUCUCUGCCAUUAGAGCCAGUAGGUUACAGCUAUUGAUGUAACUGUAGCUGCAAUUUUUGUGCAGGACUGAGAAACACAGUGCAUUAUUUAUUGCGGAAUCAUUGCUGCUAAAUAACUACUGUCUGUUUAUUUAACACAACAGUUAAAUGCCUGAAGAAGUUGCAGUGGCUUUAUUAGAUGUGAAUGCAUCUGUUUCUCCUCACGAAUUGUUUUACUGCUGCAUUUCUUGUUUGUUUUUAAAAUUAAACUGCAGUGUUUCCUGGAAUGUAAAUUUAGCUUUGCUUAACAGUAAAAUAAGUGAGCCAUCUUGAACACUCUAAGUUCAUGCUGUAUAAUUUUUUAUUGAACAUCAGCAAGUAGAGUAGCUAAGAAAUUGAUGAGCACAUUUAUGUUUAGGAAAGCAUGUGAUGCAGAAGUUGAUUCAAGCAAGUGAAUACCUUGACAUUAUGGGGAUCUUACCUUAGAUACCAGUGAAUUAAAGAACCAAAAUUAUUUAUUUUUACCUUUCCUCAUUUUAGAAAUAUUUACUGCAUAUUAUUGGAUAUGUGUAUACUAAUACACUUACCUAUUUUACAUUGUGCUUUAAUUUAGUUAAAAGUAAACCAUACAAGUCCAGUGAAAUAUGUGAGGUCUUGUUUCAUCUUAAACACAAUUCUUUUAUUAGAAGGGAUGAUACUUCUUUGGGGAGCCAUUUAUUUCAUUUGGGGGGGAGCUGUGUAUGUGUAUGUUUUAAUAACAUUCACUUGGAAUCAGCUAAAAGCUGUAAUAUGUCUUUGAAAUGAGCCAUGUUAAAAACAAAUGAGAGAAAUGAGAACUUAGAGGAUUGUUUUGAAGCAUUGUAGGUAUUAAUGUGUUUAUCAGAGAUAGUAAAUAUUACAGUUUCAAUUAUGCAUCUCUUUGAACAUCAUAAACACACCUUGGUGUUGGUAAGUGUUUUAAGCAUUUGUGUUAACUUUUAAGGACUAUUUGUUUAUUUAGUGCAUCUUACAAACUACAACUCUUAAUUGGUAUAUUUUGAAAUGGUCAUGUAAAUUUUUGGCUUAUAUAUCAUGAAAAUAAUCAUAACUUAAUAUUUUUUUCCUGAUAUUCACUGUAAAACAUUCAGGGGUCCUACCAUUUCUGUUCAGGAAAUCUUGUAGUUUAUUGUUAUUUAACAGUAUUAAGUGAAUUUUUGUAUAUUUCAUUUUAACUUUAUUUGUGAAUAGUGAUUGUGGCAUGUUUGGGUGUUAUUUUAAUAUUUCAUGAUACAGAAAUUUUAAUUUUUAAAAAAAUUUUCUGGAAGAAACAGAUUCAUGUGUAAUGGUGAAUAUUGGACCACUACUGCUUUUCACAUUUGUAAAUUGGUUUUCUGUUAAACCCUGUAGCCUAACAAACUGCUGUUAUUUCUAACUGACAGACAUGUAUUAAUAUUGUACUUUGAAGGCUAUAAAUAUUAUGUGGAAAUUCCUCCAUUUUGUUUUGAAAUUUAUAAUAACAAGAUCUUCAUGUUGUUAAAA